UUUGAUGGAUGCAAAUUUAAUUUCUCAAUUCGUAAUUUAGAGAGGUAUGAUAACCUCGGUGGGUGUAAUUAUAAAUUUUCCUUGAGAAACGUCCCUCUCAAAUCAAAACGGCGGGAAAAUUGGAGGGCGAGCAUAGGCAGCAUGAAGGUGCUGAACGUGGCGGAGAAGCCGUCGGUGGCGAAGGCGGUGGCGACCAUACUGUCAAGGAAUCAAGGGCUAAGGGUGAGGGAAGGAAGGUCCCGCUACAACAAGCUCUUCGAGUUCAAUUAUUCCAUUCGCGGCCAACACUGCCAAAUGGUGGUCACCUCCGUCAUUGGCCACCUCAUGGAGCUCGAGUUCGAAGACCGCUUCCGCAAGUGGCACUCCUGUGACCCUGCCCACCUCUACCACGCUCCUGUCCGCAAGUUCGUCCCCGAGGACAAAUUGGAUAUCAAGAGGACCUUGGAGGAGGAAGCUAGGAAGUGCCAGUGGCUUGUGUUGUGGCUCGAUUGUGAUAGAGAGGGAGAAAACAUUGCAUUUGAAGUGCUUGAGGUUUGCACACAGGUGAAUCGUCAUAUCGAUGUGUGGAGGGCUCGUUUCUCUGCUUUAAUUGACAGGGAAAUCCAUGAAUCUGUGCAGAAUCUUGUUCGACCUAAUCAAUUGUUUGCUGAUGCAGUGGAUGUUAGGCAAGAAAUAGAUCUUCGGAUUGGUGCUUCUUUCACUAGGUUUCAGACCAUGCUGUUGAGAGAUGCCUUUGUUCUUGAUUUUGCUGCUGAUGAUAGAAAUCUUGUUCUAAGUUACGGUCCUUGUCAGUUCCCUACGCUUGGCUUUGUUGUUGAAAGGUAUUGGGAGAUACAGUCACAUGAGCCUGAAGAGUUCUGGACAAUUAACUGUUCUCACAAAUCAGAUGAAGGCACUUCUACUUUCAAUUGGAUGCGUGGACAUCUAUUUGAUUAUACUUGUGCUGUUAUAAUAUAUGAGAUGUGCAUUCAGGAACCUACUGCAACUGUCACAAAAGUUAGACAUCAGGAGAAGCUGAAGUAUCCUCCACAUCCUUUAAAUACUAUUGAGCUUGAAAAGCGUGCAUCAAGAUACUUCCACAUGAGUUCUGAACGCACCAUGAAGGUGGCGGAGGAUCUGUACCAAGCUGGUUUCAUCAGCUAUCCUCGCACAGAGACUGAUUGCUUUUCCGAGAGAACUGAUUUGCAUGGAAUUGUGCAAGAACAACUUGGGCAUCCCAUAUGGGGCUCCUAUGCACAACGGUUGUUGGACCCUGGGGCAGGACUCUGGAGAAACCCUGGUGAUGGUGGCCAUGAUGAUAAAGCCCACCCACCCAUUCACCCAACAAAAUUCUCUGCUGGAGAAUCUGGAUGGAGUCAAGACCACCAGAGAUUGUAUGAGUUGGUUGUUCGCCAUUUCUUGGCAUGCGUUUCACAGCCAGCUGUAGGUGCUGAGACAAUUGUUGAAAUUGAUAUUGCCGGUGAAUCAUUUUCUUCAUCAGGGAGAGUGAUAAUAGCUAAAAAUUACCUAGAUGUUUACCGGUUUGAAUCAUGGGGAGGCUCUAUGAUCCCAACAUAUGUCUUUGGACAACAGUUUAUUCCAACAACAUUGACUCUUGAUUCUGGAGUUACUAGACCACCCCCACUUUUAAGUGAAGCUGAUUUGCUAAACUGCAUGGACAAGGCUGGCAUUGGUACAGAUGCAACAAUGCAUGAUCACAUAAAAAAGCUGCUGGAUCGGUUUUAUGCAACUAAGGACUCAAAUACUCGUUUCUCACCAACAAAUCUUGGUGAAGCGCUGGUAAUGGGUUAUGAUGACAUGGGGUAUGAACUCUGGAAACCAUAUCUUAGAUCAAUGAUGGAAUGUGACAUGAAAGCAGUCAGUAUAGGCACAAAAAGGAGAAAUGAAGUUUUAACAACUUGCUUGGAGCAGAUGAAAGCUUGCUUUUUAGAUGCAAGGCUGAACAAAGUAAAACUCUUAGAAGCCAUGGCACUUUUCUUUGAGAGAUCUAAUAGAUCUAGUGGGGAUGAGCAGCAUGAAGUUGGAGAUGUUGUUCGACAAUGCACUCUUUGCCAGGAAUCAGAUAUGGUACUGAGGCGAAAACCAGAUGGCAAUUUCAUGGUUGGAUGCUUGGGUUAUCCACAGUGUAGGAAUGUUGUCUGGCUUCCUGGAUCCAUAUCAGAAGCAGCCGUUACCACUAUUUCUUGUAACCAUUGUACUCCAGGUCCGGUUUACAAGAUUCAAUUUAAGUUUCGCCGGCUAGAAAUUCCACCAAAUUACAAUAUCGAUCAUUUGGGUUGUGUUUGUGGCUGUGAUGAGAUUCUUAGACAGUUGACAGAAAUUUGCGGAACUGGCUCCCGCAUUUGUUCUACUGUACCAGCAGCAAGAGGGCGAGGAUCAAAUGCAUCUUCCACCAAUGCACAACGAAGUAAUACUAGGCAGACUGCUUGCAUUCACUGCAGCCAAACAGGGCAUUCUUCAAAUGAUUGCCCUUCUCGGGUUCCGCGCUCUCGGAAUUCUCAGUCUCAUCGAACAAAUAUGCCAAGCGGAGAAUCUUCAAUUCCAUGUAAUGUAUGUGGAACACCUUGCAUAUUGCGGACUGCCAACACUGAAAAUAACAGGGGAAGAAAGUUCUACUCAUGUCAAUCUCAGGAGUGCAACUUCUUUGUAUGGGAGGAUAGCCUCAACAGCAGCAGUGGGGGAAGAAGUGCUCAACCUGCAACUGCCAGGAGCUCAGCAUCUAAUCCCAGCAGGAGGGGUGGCCGAGGCAGAGGUGACCGUGGCAGGGGUCGUCAGAGUGGAGCACGCACCAGCGACACCACUUUCGUGUCAGCAACUGGUGAUCCUGUAUCUGGUAGAAGAUGUUUCGUUUGUGGAGAUCCAUCACAUUUUGCAAAUGUCUGCCCAAAUCGAGGAAUGUGACUGAAGAAGCUCUUCAUUUUGGUAUCAUCUUUCUAGACUGGUGGCAGCUUCUGAUGUAGGGGAGAAGAGAUUUUUGGUGCCUCUUACCCAUGCGGUUCUUGCACCUAAACUUGUAAAUACUUCAAUGUUUUGUUCGAUUUAUUGCCAAAAACGGUUCAUAUAUAUAAAAACAUAGAGUCAAAUUAUGCUGGACUUAA